AAGGCUCGGUGGUGGCAGUCGUACAGACUGAACACCUCGCAGGUCUGAAGAACGAUCCGCUCUUCUGUUUUCGGCGCCAUAAGAGAAAAAAUAUUGCUGCCGCAAUUCCGACGGCGACGAGGCUUACAAGAAUUCCCAGAAUUAUAGCGAUGCCUCUAUCGCCAGCUUUGCUACCAUGCUGUUUGAGCGGGCUUGCACUAGUGCUCAUCGAAGGUUGUGCAGAAGUUGUUGCACUUGCAGACGACGACGUCGUCGCAGUUGAAGAUGCCGAGGUUCGAGAACUGGGCCUCUGCGUGGUGGAGAUUAAUGUUGUCGCAGACUUUGAAUUGGUCGUCGCUUUGGGGAGGAUCUCGGAAUUUUGAGUUCGGGUAGGAGCCGCUGGACUACUGGGGAUGGAUGUCAAUGUCGUACCAAAUAUAUCCAGGGUCUGUGGCCAAGUCAAGGCUUGCACGUCGAUCGUCGAAGGCGUGUAGUAUGGAUAGUUGGCAGUGAGGAUUUGAGAGAAAACCUCAAGAACGGAGUCGAUAUGGUUGUGCGUCGUUGUCGGUGCGGAAAAUUGAUGGUAUUGCCCGUCGUCAAAGCCGCUGUUUUGUGCGCUUCCUCCUCCUCCAGUAACUGGUUCGCCUUCGAGCACGUCCAAAGCCGUUUGAGCCGCUGCAGCUGACACGAGUAGUGUGAAGAUCCAGCGUUCCGUGUGAUAGACAGCUCCCAUCCUCGUACGGCUGCGAAAACGCACUCCCGCUAUCAGCU